CGGCGGCGGCGACCGAUGAGCGCGGGGGAUGGCGGCGCGCCGCUGGGCCAGCCCGCCCGGGAGGCCCGGAACACGCCAGACACGCUCCAGCCCGCUCAGCAGCAGAAUGGCGCCCGGGAGGGCCUCGGGCCGCUCGGAGAGGCGCCGCCCAGCACGACCGGCGGCCAGACCGUGGCGACGACCGUCGCGGCGGGCAAGCCCGGCGCCGCCUCCGCCGCUAACCAGGCCGCGGAGAAGGCCGCCGCGGCCGCCGCGGCCAAGCGACCGGCCCGCCGGGGCGGCAAGCCCCAGCCCGACCGGCCGGUCCGCGCGCUCUUCUGCCUGCAGCUCAAGAACCCGCUGCGCAAGCUCUGCAUCGACAUCGUCGAGUGGAAACCGUUCGAGUACCUCAUCCUGCUGACGAUCUUCGCCAACUGCGUCGCACUGGCCGUGUACACGCCCUACCCCUUCGGAGACUCGAACCAGACCAACGCGUACCUGGAAAAAGUCGAGUACGUCUUCCUCGUCAUCUUCACGGCCGAGUGCGUGAUGAAGAUCAUCGCGUACGGCUUCGUGGCGCACCAGGGCGCCUACUUGCGCAACGGCUGGAAUCUCCUCGACUUCACGAUCGUCGUAAUCGGAAUGAUCAGCACGGUGCUGACGACCUUCAUGAAGGAGGGCUUCGACGUCAAGGCGCUCAGGGCCUUCCGGGUGCUUCGACCUCUCAGGCUCGUCUCGGGCGUGCCAAGUCUCCAGGUCGUGCUCAACUCGAUCCUGAGGGCGAUGGUGCCGCUGCUGCACAUCGCCCUCCUCGUGAUCUUCGUCAUCAUCAUCUACGCGAUCAUCGGGCUCGAGCUCUUCUCCGGCAAGCUCCACUCGACCUGCUGGAACAACGUCACGGGCGAGAUGUGGGACGACCCCCACCCUUGCGGCGACAGCGGCUUCAAGUGCAGCACGCUGGGCGACGAGUGGGUCUGCGACGCCAAGAAGUACUGGGACGGGCCCAACUGGGGCAUCACCAACUUCGACAACUUCGGACUGGCCAUGCUCACCGUCUUCCAGUGCGUCACCCUCGAGGGCUGGACCGACGUCCUCUACUCGAUAGAGGACGCGAUGGGCAGCACCUGGCAGUGGGUCUACUUCGUCUCGCUGGUCAUCCUCGGAGCCUUCUUCGUCAUGAACCUCAUUCUCGGAGUGUUGUCUGGAGAGUUCUCCAAGGAGAGGGAGAAGGCCAAAGCUCGCGGCGACUUCCACAAGCUGCGCGAGAAGCAGCAGAUCGAGGACGACAUGCGGGGCUACCUCGACUGGAUCACCCAGGCGGAGGACAUCGAGCCCGAGGCCGACGAGCCGCAGACGCAGGACGGCAAGUCAGCCAAGCAGCAGAACGAGAUGGAGAGCACGGACCGGCUGGAGAGCGACGAGGGCGUGCAGCACGAGUCCCUCUGGAAGCGCAAGAAGCGCGACUUCGACCGGGCGAACCGGCGGAUGCGCCGGGCCUGUCGCAAGGCGGUCAAGUCCCAGGUCUUCUACUGGCUCAUCAUCGUCCUGGUCUUCCUCAACACCGGCGUCCUCGCGACCGAGCACUACAAGCAGCCGGAGUGGCUCGACCAGUUCCAGGAGAUCACCAACAUGUUCUUCAUUGUUCUCUUCUCCAUGGAAAUGAUGCUCAAGAUGUACAGCUUGGGCUUUCAGGGCUACUUCGUCUCGCUCUUCAACAGGUUCGACUGCUUCGUCGUCAUCGGCUCGAUAAGCGAGAUGGUACUGACCAACACGAACGUCAUGCCGCCGCUCGGAGUCUCCGUGCUGAGAUGCGUCAGGCUGCUCAGGGUGUUCAAAGUGACCAAGUACUGGCGAUCGCUGUCGAACCUCGUGGCCUCCUUGCUCAACUCGAUACAGUCGAUCGCCUCGCUCUUGCUGCUUUUGUUCCUCUUCAUCGUCAUAUUCGCCCUGCUCGGCAUGCAGGUGUUCGGCGGCAGAUUCAACUUCAGCGCCGAGGACGACAAGCCGCGGCACAACUUCGACAGCUUCUGGCAGAGCUUGCUCACCGUCUUUCAGAUCUUGACGGGCGAGGACUGGAACGUAGUCAUGUACACGGGUAUCCGAGCGUACGGGGGCGUCGCCAGCUCCGGUGUCCUCGCCUGCAUCUACUUCAUCAUUCUCUUCAUCUGCGGUAACUACAUCCUGCUGAACGUCUUCUUGGCCAUCGCCGUGGACAACCUGGCGGACGCCGAGUCUCUCACUGCCAUCGAGAAGGAAGCCGAGGAGGAGGCCGAAAAGAACAAGUCGCGCAGCGGUUCCCCAGGCCAAGAUGAACUGAGCGGGGAACAAGACGACGGAGCCGAUGUGACGGGCGGCGAAGACGAAGAGGGCAAUACCGAUCUCGAACAGGAUCCGAAUGAGACCAUGGAGGAUUACGAGGCCGCGCUCGAUGGGUCGGACAAGGACGAGGACGGGCACGGGAAGGUCAGGCUGGAUCUAGAGAGCGACGAGGAGGACCUCGAGGGUGACGAGGAGGACGACCACACGGAAAUUCAAGACGAGGACAUCGAGAACGAGGUGAGCGCGCGUCCGAGGCGCAUGUCGGAAUUCAACAUGGGCACGAAGAUCGUGCCGAUCCCGCCGGCUUCCUCGUUCUUCGUCUUCUCGCAGACCAACAGGUUUCGAGUAUUCUGCCACUGGGUUUGCAAUCACAGCUACUUCGGCAACGUCAUUCUCGUGUGCAUCAUGAUCUCGUCUGCUAUGCUUGCCGCCGAGGAUCCCAUCGAUCCGAAUUCUCAGAGGAACAAGAUCUUGGCGUACUUCGACUACUUUUUCACCACGGUUUUCACCAUAGAAAUUUGCCUGAAAACCAUAUCGUACGGUUUCAUUCUGCACGACGGGGCCUUCUGCAGAUCGUCUUUCAAUCUUCUCGAUCUGCUAGUUGUAUGCGUAUCCAUCGUAUCCACGCAGCUCAGUUCCGGAGCUAUAUCGGUGGUGAAAAUUCUGCGAGUGCUGAGGGUCUUGAGGCCUCUUCGAGCCAUUAAUCGUGCCAAAGGACUCAAGUACGUAGUCAAGUGCGUGAUCGUCGCCAUUAAAACGAUCGGCAACAUUAUGUUGGUCACCUAUCUCCUACAGUUCAUGUUCGCCGUUAUCGGCGUCCAGCUCUUCAAGGGCAAGUUUUUCAUGUGCAACGACAGAUCGAAGAUAACUUCCGAGGAGUGUCAAGGGACCUACAUCAAGUACGAGGACGGAAACAUCAACAAGCCGUUGACGGAGGAGAGGAAGUGGGAGAGGAACCUGUUCCACUUCGACGACGUCGCCAAAGCAAUGUUAACACUUUUUACCGUCUCGACGUUCGAGGGAUGGCCCGGGUUACUCUACGUGUCCAUCGACUCGAACAAAGAAGACUUCGGACCAAUUUACAAUUUUCGACCGAUAGUGGCAGCUUACUACAUCAUCUACAUCAUCAUCAUCGCGUUCUUCAUGGUGAACAUCUUCGUGGGUUUCGUCAUCGUCACGUUUCAGAACGAGGGCGAACAGGAGUACAAAAACUGCGAGCUCGACAAGAAUCAGCGCAACUGCAUCGAGUUCGCGCUGAAGGCGAAGCCAGUUCGCCGCUACAUUCCCAAGCACCGGAUCCAGUACAAGGUCUGGUGGUUCGUCACGUCCCAGCCGUUCGAGUACACGAUCUUCUGCCUGAUCAUGAUAAACACGGUGACCCUCGCGAUGAAGUUCUACCAGCAGCCGAAGGCUUACACCGACCUCCUCGACGGUCUCAACAUGGUCUUCACCGCCGUGUUCGCCCUCGAGUUCAUAUUCAAGCUUGCGGCCUUCCGUUUCAAGAACUACUUCGGCGACGCCUGGAACGUGUUCGACUUCAUCAUAGUACUCGGUAGCUUCAUCGACAUCGUCUGCUCCGAAGUGACCACCGGUCCGCCGGUGGGCAUAUCCAUCAACUUUUUCCGACUGUUUCGCGUAAUGAGACUGGUGAAGCUGCUCAGCCGAGGCGAGGGCAUCAGGACCCUACUCUGGACUUUUAUCAAGUCCUUCCAAGCACUGCCUUAUGUAGCCCUCCUCAUCGUCAUGCUGUUUUUUAUCUACGCCGUCAUCGGGAUGCAGAUGUUUGGAAAGAUCGUCAUCAACGACGAGACGCCCAUACACCGCAACAACCAUUUCCAGAACUUUCCCCAAGCCGUGCUGGUGCUAUUCAGAUCUGCCACGGGCGAAGCGUGGCAGGAGAUCAUGAUGGCGUGCUCCUACAACCCGGAGAAGGUUCUUUGCGUCGUUACGCCGAAUUCGACCGAGAGCACACCGGACAGCUGCGGAUCGGACCUCGCCUUUCCCUACUUCAUUUCUUUCUACGUGCUCUGCUCGUUUUUGAUUAUUAAUCUCUUCGUAGCUGUAAUUAUGGACAACUUCGACUACCUGACGCGCGAUUGGUCAAUCCUCGGUCCGCACCAUCUCGACGAGUUCAUUCGGCUCUGGUCAGAGUACGACCCCGACGCGAAGGGCCGGAUCAAGCAUCUGGAUGUCGUGACGUUGCUCAGGAAAAUCUCGCCACCGCUGGGCUUUGGCAAACUCUGUCCUCAUCGGGUGGCCUGCAAGAGGCUCGUGUCGAUGAACAUGCCAUUGAACAGCGACGGUACGGUGCUGUUCAAUGCGACAUUGUUUGCGGUGGUACGGACAUCGCUGCGAAUCAAAACCGAAGGUAACAUCGACGAAGCGAACGCCCAGCUACGAGCAGUCAUCAAGAAGAUCUGGAAGCGAACGAGUCCCAAACUCCUGGACCAAGUGGUCCCACCUCCAGGAGUGGACGAUGAGGUAACUGUCGGCAAGUUCUAUGCGACUUUCCUCAUACAGGACUACUUCCGACGUUUCAAGAAGAAAAAGGAGCUGGAGAUGAAAGAGGGCGACAAGGACUGCCACAACGCGGUAACGCUACAGGCUGGUCUGAGAACACUGCACGAAGCAGGUCCGGAGCUGAAACGCGCCAUCUCCGGCAACCUGGAGGAGCUACUGGACGAUAACCCAGAGCCAAUGCACCGAAGAAACCACUCGCUUUUCGGAAGCGUUUGGUCAAGCAUGCGCAAGCAUGGCCAACACAGUUUUAACAGGGCCCGUUCGCUCAAACUCAACUCCACCGGCUCCAAGGCUUCGCCGACCAAUUCCAUAGAUUUCCUGCCAUAUUGUUCGUUGCAGAGGGGAGGUCCGGACGCUCUGAACCAAAUCAACGCAAGAUCUCAUCAAGUCGUGCCGAACGUCGCAGGCGGAUUGAGCGACAACGCGAUGGGUCAGCUGAGCAUCGAGCCGCGGCUGAUGGGCGCCGAGGAGAGUAUCCCGUUGAGGCCGCUAGCGAUCUUCGGAGGGCAACAGCUCAUGAACUAUAGGCCGCCUCACAAGCUCGUCGAGCGGUCACGGCGGCGCAGUCUUCAGGACGGAGUCGAGCGGCAGGUGACGGGCCCGGCGACGCUCUCACCGACCAGAGCGGCGGCCAGUCCGCCGGCGCAGCGCCAUCACCACCGGCUCGUCGCGGUGGCCAGUGCAGCCGCCGCCAGUGACAGGGAGCCGAGCCGGCCGCAGUCCCAGGCGACGGCGACCCACCCGACCUCGGCCGACACGUCCCUCGGAGCGCCGAGCCCCAGCUUCGCCUCCUCGUCCACCUCCGGCACCGAGCCCAGAUACCACUCGUACCCCGGCCAGGGAUGCUGCGCCGACUGUGCCACCUGGAGCAGCUCUCACGUAGAGGAAGAGCAGGAGAAAAGCGAGCAGGUGGAGGCCGGCCUGGACAACGACAUAAUCGACCUGGACGAAGACGACGAGGAGGACGUCGACGUCGAACUGGCCGAACUCGACGACGAGACGUCCUUGGAGAGCAGCUCGGCAUCGGGCCUGAAGAACGACGACAGCGGCGGCUGGGUCCGCGCGGCGCCCCGGCAGGUCUCCUCCUCGCUGCGCUCGCACUACCACCAGCACCCGCACCGACUCGUCGAGCCCACCAGCUCAUCGCCCAGCGUCUCCUACCGGGCCGACAGCUCCUUCGGAUCCAAGUCCAGGCCCAGCAGGGACGGCGAGAAGGACAAGGAGAAGGACAAGAGCAAGGGCAAGAAGAGCAUCAGCUCCUCGCUGCGGAGCAGGUUCGGCGGGGGCUCGAGCAGCAGCCGCAGGAACAGCGCCAGGGAGUCCCGGUCCAUCGCCAACGGGCUCAAGCUCGCGCAGACCCAGGCGAUCGCCGUGGCCGGAUUUCUGGCGGACGUCGACGCCAGCCAGUGGAAGGUCUGCGACACCUGCUUCUCGCACCGGGCCUCCUAUCACGGCAGAGCAUCCUGGGGUCGAGAGAGUAACGGCAGCGUCGGCACAGAGCGCCUGUCCCACAGCCUGCCGGGCAGUCCAGCCGACCGAAAGCCCAACUUCGAGGUCAUCGGUAGCGCCGAAAGCCUCGUCGGAAGGGUACUGGUGGAGCAGGGCCUGGGCAAGUACUGCGACCCGGAGUUCGUGCGCUACACGUCCCGCGAGAUGCAGGAGGCCUUGGAAAUGACGCGCGAGGAAAUGGACCGCGCGGCUCACCAGCUCCUGCUCCAGGAACGUCGUGGCCAGCCCCUUGCGUACCAACUCCAGCAGCAGCAGCAGCAGCAGCACAGCACGAGUAACACGCUGACGCCACCGACGGCCGAUCAGCAGUCCUGGAACUCGGCUUCGACGAAUCCACCUAGCGGCGCCACUAUUGCUGUCGACUAUCAGCCUCUGCACCAAGAUGUGCACCAUCAGUCCCAGCAGCAGCCGCAGUACAGACAGCUGCAGCCGCCGUCUUAGCGAAGCAAACAAUUUACUGCUACUGCCGGUGGCAUCUAGAGUCUGGCCGCGAAUAAGCGGGCUUGGCCCAGCUAUACGAGUAGCUGUACGUCUGAAAUCGGAAGUUGACACUAGUAGAGAGUGGAGAGAGAGAGAGAGAGAGAGUCGCGCUGAAAUCGUUAAGAAAUAUUCGUUUCAUUUUUACGCGCGAUUCUCUAGUCGCCUUGCAGAAUUUGAAUAAAGAGGAUAUACAAGGAGGAGAGAUGCUGAUGCGCGAUUACCGAUUACCUUAUUUUCAAAAGCAAAUUUUAUUCGGAUUCUCACAAUUUCAGCGCGAUAGAUUAUUAAAUCAAUGCUCUAGUUCUCGAACAUUCAUUCGAAUAGGCUACUACGCGAGAUUUAUUUUUAGCGGCCACGCAUACUUAGACGAGUAUAAUCGAGUCAAACUGUGAAUACGCACGUAUGGGCACGACAUAUGCGCUACAGUAUUUUCGUAGCUUACCGCUUUUAUUAUUCUAUACAGAUAUAAAGAUUUUUAUGAACGUCACUGUGACGCCUUUAUUUUACGUACGGGGGAGUGCAAUUGCGAGUGUAACGUCGAGCACUCGUGGUAUACAUGCCAGAUGUAAUCUGGCUGCGUAACGGUGUAACCUUACUUUUUGUACCCAGCUUUCAGAUUUACAUACCUUUCGUAAAUUUGAUAAUUUAUUCUGCGACUCGAUGGCGCGUACGUGUACAGUCAUACAUUUACACAUACGAGGCUUUGAUUUUCUGCUCCAAGUUAUCCAUACUAUAUUGCCUAUGUAUAGAAUACAGUGUUACCAUACUAUUAGUGUGAAAGUCGUUUAUUUUUCAUUUCUUUCUCGUGUGUUGUGUUCAUAAGAAUUUUCAACUCCUUAGUUACGUUUCUACGUAUUUGUGGCUCUAGCGGCCGAUAAAUACUUCUACCUAUGAACAUUUAUUGAAACUCGUUAUCAAUACAUUGUAUAUAAAUGUAAAUGAAUAAAACUAAAUGUAACUGUAAUUUAAACAUUUUUAUCGAUAAAGAUUUAUAGAUUUUUGUGAAUAGAACUUUUUACAAAGGCUAUCCCCGCAAUGACGAUAAAAUUUAGACUUUAAUUAUUGAUGGAAAUUUUCUAUUGACGAAUUUAGAUGGACAGGACGUUGUUUGUAAAUUAACAUUUAUUAUGAGAUAUACACUAAAAAAGAGUUACAUGUAAUGUAUAUGUGUGUGAUAUAAUAAGAAGCGUAAAUAAUCCUGUUGAAAAAGGUGUUUAAUCGGCGACGGAAUUAGUUUAAUUUCUAGUAGAUUCAAGUGAUCGUAACGAGCGGGUCAUUAAGAAAAAAACAUGAGAUUAGUUUAAAUGAGCUCAUUAUUUCGUCUUCAAUUAGCUAACUUUUCUACCUGAGAAACAAACAAAUAAAUCAAUAAAUAAAUAUUAUAUAUUACUACCAAAACCAAAGUUUUUGAAAUGUGAUUGAUAUAUAAAUUUAUGUGUAUUCAUGCAUGAGGAGAUAAUUAAUAUUUAUUAAACUAAUUGUAAGAUAAUAAAAAUAGAAAACAGAAAAUCAAUGCCUCUGGGUAUUUUGAAUAUUGUAUUUUACGCGAAAAUAAAUAAAUAACAAUAGUAUAGUAGACAUACGGUCAAAGUUAUGCCCAAUUAAUUUUUGCGAUGAAGCGUCGGGGCCAACAGUUGUUAAACUUUUUCCUCUUGUUUUGCGGACGAGAAAAAGAGAAAGUAAGAAGUAAGAAAAAAUACAAAAUAAUUGAAAUAAUUUAAUACGUAAGAAAACAUUUUCUACUACUCUGUACCAAUUUUUUCUAUUAUUACUAUCCUUGAAUGUCAAAGUAUGCCGAAUGCUUUUUAAAUAUUCUCAAAAAAGUAUGCGAAUCCUUGGCUACUGGUUAUACUGUAGAUUUUGUAAUCGUUUCUAGCUUAGGUUAAAAAAUGAAGACUCCAGACACGAAAUUUAAUUGACAAUCGAUAUAGUGUCUGAUAUAUAUAUCUAUUUAGUAUAUGCUAUUGUUGUUCUUGUUAUUAUUAUUAUUAUUAUUAUUUUUAUUAUUGUUAUAAUUGCGCGUAAAGCGUAUAUAGUUUUUAGGAUCCGACGCGAAGCUUAGUUAUUAUAGUAGAUAAAAUCUCUCAGAUGCGAAAUUCUCUCUCCGACUCUCUAUUUAACUCUUCCCGAACGAGGCGCGCAGAAGUGUGCUUGACUCGACAGGGUCGAAGGGGUCCCACUCUGAGCUGAAAGGAAACCAUCGACCGAAGCGUUGGCCCUGCGUAGAUCAAUUGGGCGUGGGGCGAAAAGUAAAGGUUCGUCGCGAUUUAUUUUUCCCGCGACGAGUCAUAAUAGAAGAGAUAACAAGUGCCUAAGUAUCUAGUAACAUUCAUUCGGACCAGUGGAGACUUUUAUCAAUCUUAUAUUAGCCAAAUAACGAUCUAUUAAAAUUCGUAUUGUGUAAGGCGGUUCAUCGGCGCGAAACGACUGUGAAUAUAAGCCAGGAAAAAAAUCGAGUCUCCGGAUCAGAAGAGUAGCCAUCCGAAAUCGCCAGGAGGAGGAAAGUAAAAUUUUCGAUCGCUUAAAAAAUGCAUCGUUGUACCUUUAUAUCACUUUUCAAGCUUGUGUAAUAACCGCAUAUAUGUGCACAAUAAGAUUGUCAUAGAGGUUUUUCGCAUAGGUCGCCUUUUUAUACACUGAUACGUAAUGUUUUAUAAAUUCUUACGAGUUUUUAAAA